UGCCGACUGGUGGAGCUUAAUCACCACAUGCACACAUCGAUCAAUAUUCAAUCUGCCGGCCCACAGCUGGGGUUGCGUUGAUGCUCCCUCGAUGGUCGUGUGCUUCGGGAUGGCCGACUGUCGUCGAGCUUAAUCGGGGGAAGCAGCUCGCAGACUCUUUCUUUACUUUUUCUCGUCUUGUAUCCCUCCUUCGAUCUGGCUGGUGCUUGGUGCUAAUUUGACGGCAUACGUCUCAUAGAAUUCGCGGCCAAGCAAGCCCUGAAUCAAAGCUCUCAAUUGUCACUUUGAUCAGCCAGGUGCAUAUGAUGAUUGCCUGCUGAUACGCCCCACCCAUCGCCGCCGAAACGCUACUGCAAGCGAGACUUCCAUCGCGGUCACUGCGGCGCAUUGCAUCCGCCAACUGCCACCAACUGCGACCAACUUCUGCGACCACCGCGACGCUCUGCUGCGGCCCCAUCCACACAUUGUUGAUCACGGCAACCCGCGUGCGUGGUGCAGUGCUGCAGUGCUAGAAAGCAACGAGCACAACACGGGCCGCUAGUUGGUGGACUUGCGGGGGCGUUCUUUCAGGGUCGUACUUGCAUUUCUAACUGAUCGGCUGCCCCCUGUGCCCCUGUCCGACGCCCUGAGUCCUGCCCACGCGUGCAACGCAGCCAUUCGUUGUCGAUUGCUUGCCGGCAAUUCCUGGCAGGGGAAGAAGAAAAAAGAACAGGAAAAAAAAAAGGUACGCUGCGUCUGGGAGGGCUCCCUCCGCUUUGACCGUCUGGUCUGUUGUUUUUGACUUUUAGGGGCGCCACUGUUUUGAGACCGUCUAGACGCUUGUGCUCAUGCGUUCCCGUCGGUUUGCAACCGCGCUGCAACCACACGCAGGUCAGACGGCUGAAAUUGGGUCCAUCCUGGUUGCCAACCUGCACCACCUCCCUACGCCUACCUUAGCACCUUACGGUGUAGGUCACCUACCUUUUUCUGUUACUCGCCCUUCUUGCCCGGGCCGUGCUACUCCUUCUCGGUUAGCCCUAGCCGCCAAACCCAAGUAGCCUGCUGCGCAACUGGGUCGUGCCUGGUCGCGCGCCUGGUCGCCGUCAGGUCCAAGAUGGACAGUCCAACAGUGCCCCCCGUGCCACCCGUUCCCCGACUCUCGUCCUCGCGCCAGCAGCAGCCUCGCCGCAAGGACGCACACCCAGCGCCCUCUCGUUCUACAUACCACGCUCCCUCGCGCCACGCCCUUCAGAUUCCCGUCGGCUCGGGCCCCGACGUCAUCUCCUCCCUCAUCACCAGCCUCGAUCUGGGUCCAAAGCAUUCGUCCUCCCGCCUGGAUCUUCCUGUCCGCAGCUCGGCCGCCUCCCGCUCCUAUUCCCCCUCAGCGAGCUCGCCGCCUCGGCUGCACAAGUCUGCGAGCGUUGGGUCUUUCGGCGUCGACUACGGCGCCUUCAGUUCCCCUCCGCGCGGGAGCGCCGACGAAUACGACGACGACAUCGAAACCCUCGCCGCGUCCCCCCCUGUCGUCCGGACGUCCAAGCCCCCGUCUGGCUUCUCCCCGCUCACGGCGCCCAAGCCUCUCCGGGAGGAGAGCGGCGGCGGGCUAAAGUCACUCCUCGGCGGUUCCCGUACUGCCUCGCGACCGUCGUCCAAGGGAUCGCUUGCGUCGCGCGAUGCUGACACCCACAGCAUCGGCAAUCUCUCAAUUGAACGUGGGGCGGUGCCACCGGUCCCCGAGCUCAGGCGACAGAAGUCACACGAUAGCUGGGGCAAGAAGCAAGGGCGAUCGCACAAAGGCCUAAUGUAUAUGAGCAGCCGAGAGCGCCUCCGGGAGAAGGAGGACAAGAAGCGGGCUAGUAUUGGUUCCGUUGGAAACGAUUGGCUCAGUCUUGGAUCAGCGCCGCCUCGCCAGGACGCCUUCCUCGCCGAGGUUCCCAUCAACGAGGAGCCGAGCAGUUCAAUGGCGGAUGCUGUCAUGGCUGCCUCGGAUUUCCUGGACCCGCCACAUUCGCCCGACCGGCGCGGCAGCACGUCUCCUCGCGCCAUUCCAGUGAGGGAUUCAAGCUUGCGCAAAGCCGGGACUAGCACAAGGCGGCACUCGUCGCGGCGGACGACAAAACAGCCGGAUUCGGCUGAUGCCAUUCCAGAGGAUGAGGAACAGACCAGCACGUCCAAAUCCCGCCACCCAUCUGUGCGAAAACACCAGGACAGCCGCAGAGAUCACUUGACUGUGGGCGACGCGAGCGGUGGCCAUGGCCACUCUCGUUCUAGCUCCGGAGCAGCCGAGCCGCAAUCGCGCCGGCGGGAAAAGUCGUCGUCACAUGGCCACCUUGACUUGAGUGACCUCCACGGCGGCCUUGACAUCGAAGAGGGUGCGCCCUCCCCCUCCAUCGCCCAAUCGCGUCGGAAGGAUAAGGAGCUGGAUGGAAGGAGGAUUUCGGGGCAGGAUCAGAUGAACGACGCCGCCCGAAUUAAACGCGCCAGCAGCCGCGCAAAGAACGUCUCGGCCAGUCCGGGAAACACUACGCCGGACCCGAUGCAUGUGUCGUACGAGCGUCCGCCCAGUGCCGACAGCAUUGACGACGCAGUCGAAUCGUACAUGUGCUCUCCCCGUCUCUCGCAAACGGUACGGCACCCCCAGACUGGCCGUGUCAUCUCCUUCUCCGAGGUGGGAGACAGCGAGGGGAGCGCCGUGUUUUGCUGUGUUGGCAUGGGUUUAACAAGAUACAUCACUGCCUUCUACGACGAGCUGGCCCUCACGCUGGGCCUGAGGCUCAUUACCCCAGAUCGACCAGGUGUGGGAGAUAGCGAGCCGCACACAGACGGGACCGCGACCCCUCUUGGUUGGCCAGACGAUGUGUACGCCAUCUGCCAAGCCCUCAAGAUCACCAAGUUCUCUAUACUAGCCCAUUCAGCUGGCGCCAUCUAUGCGUUGGCAACCGCAUUGCGCAUGCCCCAGCACAUUAGAGGUCGGAUCCACCUUUUGGCGCCGUGGAUCCCGCCGUCGCAGAUGUCUGUCUUUGGGGCCUCGGCGCAGACGCCGUUACCACCCACAAACGCAAUACCCACGUCGCAGCGGAUUCUGCGAGCGCUGCCGACACCCAUUUUGAGAGCAGCCAACAGCUCCUUCAUGACGGCAACGAGCAGCAGCAUCACGUCGAGCUUGCCCAAGACGCCACGUAAGAAGCGCAAGAGCGGCGCCAACGUGGCCGUAAAGGGGGACCGUGAGAAGGAGGCGGCCGCUCGAUCACAGGCGAACCAGCAUAUGCCUCCUCUGCCAACCAGCACCAGCCCGGAUGGCAAUAAAGAGAACAACCUGCUCCACGAAAUUGGAGACAAGCCGUCGGGGAUCCCACGCGGGGACCUCGGGGCAGCGGAGGAGAUGGAUCUUUUCAAACCGAGCAUAAACGGUAAUUCAAAGACGGCGAGCAACGGUAGACACAAGAGGUCAUCCUCGACAGCAUCGGCUGCGCACGCUGCGCGCGAGGCCGCCGUUCUUGCGGCCGCCGCAUCGGCGCUGGCGGACCGCGAGCGGCAGGCGACAUACGACUCGCGACUCACGCAGGCCAUCUGGGAACUGGCCACGACGGGGGCGAACCCAGCUGUGGACCUGCUCGUGUGCCUGGAGCGUAGGCACACGAUUGGGUUCCGUUACGUGGACAUCACGCGGCCUGUAGUGAUCCAUCACGGCUCCAGGGACACGCGCGUGCCCGUUGAGAACGUGCGCUGGCUAGGGAAGACCAUGAAGCGCUGCGAGGUUCGCGUGCUCGAGGGGGAGGGCCAUGGCCUAAUGGCGAGCGCGAGCGUUAUGAGCAGAGUUCUCGCCGAAAUCAGCGACGAAUGGAAAAACUGGUCGCGCCUCACUGGGGCGUCGCAGCGCGAUCGAGGGCUGUCGCUAUCAGAAAAUGAUCGCAGGCCUGUCGGCGUUGGCGGCCCUACUCUCUGAGGCAAUAACGUCGCUGUCCCCCUACUCCCAAUGCGGGAUAAUUUCCUCCCACAUAAUAAUCUACGAUUUGGGGCGUCUAUCUUGAUAAAUGUUUAAUCUAAUCUCUGUUGGUCGGCAGCUUAUCCCCGUCCGAACACUGUCACGAAGGCGGAUACUGUGCUUUCGAACGCUGCGAUUUUGUGGACGAUCGGAUUGUUCUUUUGUUUUGUCCGAAAAAAAAAACCCAGACGAGGAUGUUUCUUUAUUUCUCCCUUCGUCAUCCGCCCACUUACUACCCAUCUUUAGAAGUCGCCUUCGUGUACAACCGUUGAAAAACCAUGUCCUCUACAUUUCCCACACAUUCCCUUUGAGACUAUUACUUGAGCUAGACUCUGGCACUUCUCGGCUUGCCCAAACCUUUAAUCUUGUGGGGGCAUUCUGACUAGGCGGCUUUGUAUACCACGAUGUAUGCACGAGCAGCGCAACCUUCUGGAUAUAUCAUGCAAUGCUCAAAACCGCUAUGGAGACUGGAACCCGCUUCUCAGGAAUUGUUCUAUCACAUUGUCUUGUCAUGCUGAACUCGUGUUG